GAACAGGGAACCCGUUGAGUUACAUAUAUGGUGCGGUGCGGCUUAGACGUUGUGCUAAGAUAGGAUUACGUUUUUGACUCAAACGCAGGAAUACUUAACAUACCUUGAUCGUAAAGCUUAUCUGCCUCGAUUUCGAGUUUACAUGGCCGCCUAGGACUUACCUCUCUUCCGCUAGGUUGCAGCGAUCUUGCUAAGUUUUCUCGGAUAUUUUUCCAAGGAGUGAUGAACUAGGACUCCAGCAUCAUGGUUAGUGACAGUGCACCGCGGUUCACAAUAAAACCACAAAUCAAACAAGAAGGCGACAAACUAGUGUUCCACUGUCAAGUUGAGGCAUCACCUCAACCUGAUAUCUCAUGGUCAAAAGGAACAGCCAAUGUUGUAUCAUCAGAUCGACUUAAUCUCACUGUUGAUAAAAAUGGAACAAAUAAAUAUGAUUUGAAAUUAGUGAUUAAUAAUGUGCAGGGAUCAGACGAAGGAAGUUAUAAAGUGACAGCGAAGAAUAGAUUGGGUGAAGUUCAAGCUACAGUCAAUCUCAACUUUGGAGGGGCACAACAAAGUGGAGAUGGACUUGCACCUAGUUUUACCCAGAAACCCAGCAUUAAGCAGGAAGACAAACGUCUCGUGUUUGAAUGCCGGAUCAGCGCAACACCCGAACCUGUCAUAACCUGGUCAAAAGAUGGUGUCACUAUCAAAGAUGGAGGCCGCUAUAUGGUUUACACAGAUCCAGAAACCCCGGGAAACUAUGUCGCCUGUCUGGAGGUGUUUGAUGUAGAGCCUGGAGAUGGCGGCAACUACAAGGUCAAUGCUCGCAAUGACCUUGGAGAAAGUAACGCCAACAUCAAGGUCAACUUUGAUCAAACCAUGGCUGGACCUAAAGGUUCACCACCAAAAUUUACACAAAAGCCUGCUAUCAAGCAGGUCGGCAAUAACAUAGUAUUCGAGUGCAAACUUACUGGAGACCCGAAACCAAAGAUCACCUGGUACGCAGCCGGAGGCAAAGUCCUUCAAGAAGGUGCGCGUCAUAAAAUAACAGAGAAAUCAGAGGGCGGUAAUACCUAUGCCCUUAUGCUAGAGAUUAUUGACGUUGGAGCAGGAGAUGGCGGGGAAUAUAAAGUGAACGCAAGGAAUGAUUCCGGAGAAUCAAAUGCAACAAUUAAUCUCAACUUUGAAGUUCACAAGACAACAAGGCAGAUCAUUUUACUACAGGGAGGAUUCGGAAUGGAAGGUACUGACAAAAAGGAUGGAAAAGCACCUAAAUUUACUCAAAAGCCUGUGAUAAAGCAAGAAAAAGACAAACUAGUAAUGAGCUGCCAAGUUGAAGCCAAACCAAAGCCCGAUGUCACAUGGUUCAAGGGAACCGAUCUCGUUAAGUCUGGCGGACGUGUCACCAUUAAAGCAGAUAAUGCAGGGACUGAUAUUUAUACAUUAAUCUUAGAAAUUAAAGAUCCUAAGCCAGAGGACGGUGGAUCAUACAAAUGCACAGCUAAGAAUAGUUUUGGGGAGAGUAAUGCAAACAUCGCUCUAAACUUCCAAGAUCUCAAAAAGGAUGAGAAAAAAGAUGAGAAAAAGGAAGCUAAAAAAGAUGAGAAAAAAGAUGAGAAAAAGGAAGCUAAAAAAGAUGAGAAAAAGGAAGCUAAAAAAGAUGAGAAAAAAGAGCCUAAAAAAGAUGAGAAAAAAGAAGUCACGCAAAAGCCUGGGGGUUCCGCACCAACUUUCACGACAGAUCCAGUCAUUUCUCAAGACAGAACAGGCAAGAAUGUUACCAUAGAAGCGAAACUUACUGCAACUCCAAAGCCAACAGUCAUCUGGUUCAAGGACGGCACCCAGAUAAAAGAUUCUAAAAACAUAAAGAUUAAGACUUUUCCUCAAGGAAAGGGAGCAUAUCUUUCGGCCAUGGAGAUCACUGGUGUCAAGAAAGUAGAUGGCGGUGAAUACAAACUGGUUGCCAAGAAUGCCAAUGGUGAAGCUGCAGCAGAGAUUGAACUUGACCUUGAUGUUUUGGGGGAUCCACAGUCCAUACUGAAGGAGCCUAAGAUUAUCUUCAAGGGAGUGCCAAAUAUCAGGGCAGAGGCCAACAACACUAGGAUUAUCAUAGAAGUUAAGGCUCAGAGUAAAACGAAACCUAAAAUUGAGUGGGAGUUCAAUAAAGCAAAAAUUCAAGAUGGUGGACGGUAUUUUGUUGAUGUAGCCAGGGAACGCAGUGAUUGGCUACUUAUUUUGGAGAUUGACAAUGUGAGCAAUAAGGAUGAGGGGACCUAUAAGGUGAAUGCCAAGAACACAACUGGCAAAAAGUGGACUGAGGUGAUAGUUGAUGUCGCAGCUUUAACUCCAAAAGUUGAAGAGAAAAAAAUCGCAUCUCCUGAAAUCGUAAAGAAACUAGAACCACAGACUGUGAUGGAUGGAGACCCUGUCGACUUUGUUUGUAACAUAAUUGGAGAUGACCUUGAUAUUAUAUGGACCAAAAACGGCAAAGAAAUCAAAUCUGGGGGUGAUAUCAAAAUCUCUCGGAAUGAUACAACUAAAGAAUGCCGCUUGCACAUAGUUGAAGUAUUCCCAGAGGAUGCUGGUAUGUACAAGUGUGAGGCCUGGAAUGACUCGGGGGAUGCCCAAACUAGCGCUAACCUCAAUGUCAAAGUUCAGAAAAAGCCUGAGAAGAAACCAGUCGAGGAGGAAAUUACUCCUAAAAAAGAUUCCGUUGAUCAGUCAGCUCCUAUCCCAGAUAUAGAGAUAACUGAAGAAGAACGCCGCUUAGAACUUAUGCGUCGGGUCGCACCUGAUCAGUUAUCCUCUGAUGAAGAAGAACCCCCAUCAUCUAGAGGGCGCUUUAAUAAAAAUCGUGACGCGCGCAAGAAUCGUCCCCCUAGUACAAUCAUGGAAGAAGACUUCUACACCAGUCAGAAUGAUGGAAGCUACGAUGGGGAUGAUUCUGCCCGAUCUAGCGAUGCACCAAGAGACGAGUCACCAAUUGAAGCCAAACCUGGAGAGCAAAAACCGGGAGAGGAGGUAGAUGAGUCCUUGUAUGAAACAGAGGGGCCAAAACGUAAACAGAAAGUCAAAGGUCCUGUACCAGGGCCAACUGUAGCAGAUAAACCAAAGAACCAAGUUGUCACAGAGGGGGACACCAUGUUUGUUGACAUGAAGUAUGAAGGAGGACCAUUUGGGGCAAUUCGCUGGUUUAAAGGAAACAGAGAACUAAAACCUGAUGCCCGCACAGAAAUAAAUCUGGAUAAAUCCAGAAAAACUGCGUCUUUGAAGAUCAAAAAAUGCAAAUUCCCAGACGAGGGCAAAUUUGCAGUGGCUUUGGAAAAUGAUAAGGGCCAAGAGUCGGAUCGGGCGGGGUUCACUGUAUUUAUCAAAGAUCCCAAGGAUUCCAGCUUGGACUUCAGAGCACUACUUAAACACAGAGAUGUGAAAAAGACCGAAUUUGAAGAUGAAGAUGAUGAUCUUGACUAUAAUCUCAAACCAGUGACUAGGAAGACCUCAGUUGGCUCAGAUAAGGACAAACAUAAACUGAAAUCUGUGAAAAAAGAGGAAGCAGCUGAUGUAGGGAGCGAUGAAGAGAAGAGUAUAGAUAUGGGACGCAGAGGGUCAACAGCUGAUCCAUCAUUGAAAAAGGUUGGAGAUUCUCUGGAUCCUAAAAGACGAAGCUCAAAGGACCGUCGUGUAUCUCUUGCGGAAGUCAUCCCUGAUUGGCCAACUCUUCAACAUCACCAAAAGAAAGAAAAGGAACCUGAUACAUUCAUUGUCCCUCUAAAAGACAUCAAAUGCAAAGAGGGGGACAAGAAAAUAGAAUUUUUCUGCCAGUUCUGUAAAUCGAAUGCCAAACUUCGCUGGUACAAGAACAAGCUAGAAAUCUUCCAAGGACCAAGGUACGACUUUGUCAGUAACAAAGAUGAACAGAGGCUCAUUAUUAAGAAAAUCAAGUUGGAGGAUGGCGGGAAAUACACAUGUAAAUGUGAUGACACUCAAACCUCUGCUUGGUUAUACGUUGAAGAGAAGAAAGCUGAGUACUAUUUUACCCAGAAACUUCCUGAGACAGUCUCUGUGGUCCGAAAGAAGAAAGUGACUUUGGAGUGUGCUCUUAUUGAUCCAAGACCCCAUGUUAUAUGGUACAAAAAUGGAGAGAGACUUGAUUAUACCCCAAAGAAAUAUGAGAUUGUACGUCGUGAGAACCGAUGUCUGUUGACCAUUGUAAACGCUGAUGACAAUGAUGUGGCUGAAUACAAAUGUGAAGUAGAAGGAGAUGAAACCACCACCAAAGUGCUAUUACAAGAACCAUCCUGGGGUUUCUCUGAACUGUUGCAUGAUGAGGAUGCCUUGGAGAACGAGGAUGCUGAGAUGUACUGUGAAGUGAAUGAUGCAGAUGCUGAAGUGCAGUGGUUCAAGGGGGCUGAAUCGGAAAGGCCUCUUGAGAAUUGCCCCAAGUAUGAGAUCAUUGAGGAUGGAGUUAAGCGUAUCCUAAAGGUGAAGAACAUGUCCAAGCAGGAUGAGCACCAGUAUAUAUGUCGUACAGGGCAGGAGACCACUCAGGCCAAACUAUUUGUGGAACCUGAUGUUAAGUUCAAAGAGAAGCUGAAGGAUGUCCGUGGUGUUGAGGGCCAGAAAGCCGUCAUGGAAUGCAGACCUUACAAUCCUCAUAGAUACCCUGUUUCUUGGUUCAAAGAUGGCAAAGAGGUCACUCUAAGUGAUAGAGUCCAAGCUGUUAAGGAUGUUGACUGGGAGAAACUGGUCUUUGAGACGUUAGACUUGGAUGAUGAAGCCCUGUAUACAUGUAAAGUUGGGGACCGUGAAACAAAAGCUGAACUCUUGGUUGAUGAAGGAGAGAGAGCCCCUGUGGUAGACCUUGACAAAAUACCUAAAGUAAUUGAAGUCAAGGCUGGGGAGAAAAUUGAUCUACCUAUACCAUUUACAGGAACUCCAAUGCCAAAGGCCAACUGGAAGAAAGAUGGCGCCCCACUAAAACCUGAGAAUGCAAAGACUGAGAUGACUCCUAAGGCUUGUAAACUGAAGGUUGGUCAAGCCAAGAGAGCUGAUAGUGGGGACUAUGAGCUUGAACUUGCUAAUAAAGUUGGGGCUGUCAAGGUCCCUAUUAAGAUAAAGGUUGUAGACAAGCCUAGCAGACCCGAGCCUGACCUUGAGGCAUUUGACGUUUACAAGGAUCGUUGCAAACUUCGCUGGAAGCCACCAAAGGAUGAUGGUGGUGCACCAAUUGAAGAGUACAUCGUUGAGCAGAUGGAUACUGCCAGAGGGUCAUGGAAUGAAGUCGCACGUCCUAAAAAACCUGAAGCUGCCGUCGAUAAACUGGUUGCUGGCAAGAAAUAUAAGUUUAGGGUUAAGGCUGUGAAUAAGCAUGGUGAAAGUAAACCACUUGAUACUCCACAUGAUAUCUUGGCCAAAGAUCCUUAUGAUGAACCUGAUUCCCCUGGCACCCCUGAGGUCCAUGAUGUGGAUGAGAACCAUGCAGACAUCUCCUGGGCCCCACCCAAAGAUGACGGUGGUGCACCUUUAGAGAAAUAUAUCAUUGAGAAGAAGGAAAAGGGAGGAGACUGGGUUAAGGCUAAUGAGGUGCCAGCAGGCCAACAGAAUGCCAGAGUUAAGCAUUUAGAUGAAGGCAAAGAAUAUGAAUUCAGAGUGAUUGCAGUCAACAAGGGUGGCAACUCUCUACCUAGCAAUGCAUCCAAGCCUGUUCUAGCUCUACCUAAACUCAGGAAGCCUAGAAUAGACAAGCGUGAUCUGCGGGAUGUUAGGCUAAAGAAGGGACAAUCAUUCACUCUGGAUGUGCCCUUCACUGGGGCCCCAGCCCCUGAUGUCAUCUGGACCAGGAAUGGAGAGGUAAUCAAAGCAGAUGACAUCGUCCAGAUUACCAACUCUCCAACUCGCUCAAUUUUCAAGAACACCAGUGGUGUUAGAAAGGACACUGGAGAGUAUAAGAUCACAGUGAAGAAUGAAGCAGGAGAAGAUAGUGCCCUCAUUAACAUUGUGGUACUAGGUCCUCCAUCUAGACCAGAGGGCCCUCUAGAGGUGUCCGAUGUAACUAAAGACAAAUGUAAACUCAAGUGGAACCCACCUAAAGAUGAUGGUGGAAACCCAAUACAAGCAUACAAGGUUGAGAAAUACGACCCUGAAUAUGGUACUUGGGAGAAAGUGAGUGACUUUGUGAAAGGAACUGAAUGCACUGUUCCAAAGCUUGAGGAAGGCCAUGACUACAAGUUCAGGGUGUCAGCUGAGAACCAACAUGGUUACAGUGAACCUCUAGAGACUGAGAAGUCAACCAAAGCAAAGAAUCCAUACGAUCCUCCAUCGAAGCCUGGCAAACCAGAGAUUGUCGACACCAACCGUGACCACAUUGACAUUAAAUGGGCGGAGCCUAAAUCUGACGGUGGUGCUCCCAUCACAGGGUAUGACAUUGAGAGGAAAGAUCCAAAGAGCGAUCUCUGGAGAAAGAUCAACAGCGAGCCUGUCCAAGGUACCAAAUUCCACGAUGACAAAGUAUCUCCUAAUAAGGAAUAUGAAUACAGAGUCAUUGCUAAGAACAAAGGAGGUGAUUCGGAACCAAGUGAAGUGUCCAGACCUGCUGUGGCUAAACCAAUGAAAGAAGCCCCUAAGAUUAAUCUUGAUGGACUUUUCGGAGCUGAUGAGAUCAGAGUUAAGGCUGGAGAGCCUUUCACAAUCCCUGUUGGGAUAUCUGGAGCCCCUGCUCCUACUGUUGCCUGGAAGAAGAAUGGCAAAGAUCUUGUUCCAAAUAAUAGGGUCCAAAUGAACAAUGAUGAAGAGAAUGCCAAGCUGCAUGUUCCAGUGUCAAAGAGAGAUGACAGUGGCAAAUAUACUAUUGCUGUUGAUAAUCCAAAUGGUGCUGAUUCCAAAGAUAUUAAGGUUGUUGUACUAGACAAGCCUGGUGCACCAGAGGGACCACUGAAUGUAUCAGAUGUCACUGCAGACUCUGCUAAACUUACAUGGAAGGAGCCAGAGGAUGAUGGUGGUGCAGAACUAACAGGAUACAUCGUAGAAAAAAUGGAAGAAGGAAGUGGAUUCUGGGAGAAAGUUCCCGGAAUUAUCACUCCUGACAAAACAUCUAAGACAGUUGACGAUCUAGUGGAGGGCAAAAAAUACAAGUUCCGUGUGAAGGCUGAGAACAUGUAUGGGAAAAGUCCAGCGCUUGAGACAACUAAAGAUACUCUGGCUAAACAUCCAUUUGAUCCUCCAGGUGCUCCUCGUAAUUUAGAAAUUGGCAAAUACAAUAGAAGCUCUGUGACACUCAACUGGAAAGAACCCAAUGAUGAUGGUGGCAACCCCAUUAAAGGUUAUCAAGUUGAAAAACGUAGGAAGGGACGUAGUGAUUGGGAGAAGGCGGGACCAAUAGGAGGCCCUAAGACAACAUACGAUGUUAUAGGGCUGACAGAAAAUGAAACUUUAGAGUUCCGUGUCGCAGCCGUGAACAAUGCAGGACCUGGUGCAUUUACCAAAGCCACUGAUCCUCAUGUUGUCAGAGAUCCCAUAUUUGCUGCUGGUGCACCAAGCACUCCAAACAUUGAUAAACUCACCAAGAAAGAUGCUAAGCUCUCCUGGGAGAAGCCUAAAGAUGAUGGAGGCAGUAAGAUCUUAGGGUACCAGGUGGAGAAGAAACAGAAGGAUGGAGAAUGGGAACCAGCUGUUGAGGUGCCAGCAGAUGAACUCACCGCAACAGUUCCCAGACUGAAGGAGGGUGAGGAAUACCAGUUCAGGGUUGCUGCUAUUAACAAACUUGGACCUGGUGAUCCCAGUAGACCAACUAAACCUGUCAUUGCUGAGAAUCAACCAGAGAGACCUGAAAUAGACACCAGUAACUUGCCUAAGGAGAUCACGGUACGUGCUGGCCAAGACUUCAAGAUUGAGAUGCCACAUAAAGGUUUCCCUAAACCUACAUCUGAAUGGACCAGGAAUGGAGAACCUGUUAAGGAAUCCCCAAGGGAAAAGAUUGAGGUAACUGAUGACAAGGCUAUCCUCAAAGUUACCAAGGCCAAGAGAGGUGAUACGGGACCAUACAAAGUAAAGCUCAAGAAUGCAUCAGGAGAAGGCACAGCAGAGGUCCAAGUCAAUGUUCUGGAUGCCCCAGGGGCCCCACAAGGUCCUCUCAAUGUGGAAGAUAUGAAUGCAGACUCAUGCACGUUGUCAUGGAAACCACCCAAGGAUGAUGGAGGUGGCAAAGUGACAAAUUACAUUGUUGAAAAGAAGCCCAAGAACUCAGAUAGAUGGACCAAGGUGACAGCGUUUGCGAAGGGAACCAGUGCCCCUGUGAAGAACUUGGUUGAGGGUACAGAGUAUGACUUCAGAGUGAUGGCUGAGAAUGAGUAUGGUAUAGGUGAACCCCUACAGACUGACACCUCUGUUAUGUGUAAACCACCUUAUGAUCCUCCAGGCGCACCUGGUAAACCAGAAUGUAAAGGGACCACACCCGAUUCUAUAUCACUUCGCUGGGAUCCUCCCCGCAGUGACGGUGGCUCCCCCAUUACUGGAUACGUUGUUGAGAAACGUGAAAAGGGCGAUAAGCGUGGCUGGACAAAAGCUACCGUGUCACCAAUUCUUGACCCAGAGAUCACAGUACCGAACUUGAUUGAAGGUCACGAGUAUGAAUUUAGAGUAGCUGCCGUAAACAAGGCAGGUCCUGGUGACUGGAGUGACGAUUCUGGGAGAAUCAAGGCACAACCACCUCCAUCUGCACCUAAGGUUGGGAGAGACUGGAAUGGGAAGGACAUCAUCGCAAUUGCUGGCCAGCCUUUCCAGAUCAGCGUCCCUUACACUGGCAGCCCAAUGCCAAAUGUCACAUGGGAAAAUGGUUCAAAGCCUGUUCCUGAUGAUGACAGAGUGCAGUCUGAGGUGACACCAGACAAGAUCAACCUCAAUGUAAAGAAGGCUGUGAGGGAGGAUGCUGGUGCUUACACACUUACAAUGAAGAAUGACUUGGGAUCAGAUAAUCUUACUCUCAAGGUUCAUGUCAUGGAUAAACCAGGGAACCCAGAAGGUCCACUAGAGGUCUCUAACAUCACCCCAGAUUCUUGCAAACUAUCCUGGAAACCACCUCUAGAUAACGGAGGCUCUCCUGUGGAGAACUACGUUGUUGAGAAGAUGGACACAAACACCGGCAAAUGGUCCCCAUGUAGUAAGUUUGUGCGUGGAACAGACUAUGAGGUUUAUGGUCUUGAUGAGGGACAUCAGUACAAGUUCCGUGUAGCUGCGACCAAUCAGUAUGGUACGAGCGAACCACUUGAGACUGAGAAGCCAAUAACAGCCCAGAACCAGUUUGGUGUACCAGAUGCCCCAUCAGACCUUGAGGUUGAAGAUGUCGAUGCAGACAACAUCAAACUCAGAUGGCGUAAACCCAAGAAUGACGGUGGUGAUAAGAUCCAAGGCUAUCAAGUUGAGUUCAAGCCAGAGGGCUCAAGCCGCUGGAAACCUGCUAAUGAUUUCAUCGUGCGAGAUACCCGAUAUACAGUUGAUGGACUUGACAAGGGCAAGAAGUAUGACUUCAGAGUCCGUGCAAAGAAUGGUGCUGGAUUGAGUGAACCCAGUAUGGCAACUGGACCUGUUGAGGCCAAACCUAAAUACACUGGGGCAGGUGCACCAGGCACUCCUGUUGUUAAAGAUGUUGGCAAAACCUACGUCGGCUUAGAAUGGACUCCACCCCUCAAGGACGGGGGUAGCAAGGUAACAGGAUAUGAGGUUCAGAAACGUCCUAAAGGUGACACAAACUGGGUAAAGGCUUCUGAUUUCCCUGUCCACGAUACAAGCACAACACUUACAAAUCUUCCUGAGGGUUCGGAGUAUGAGUUCCGUGUUGUUCCAAUCAACAAGGCUGGCCUUGGCACUCCUAGUGAACCAACACCUCUCACUAAAGUCAAGGAAAAACUAGCCGGUUCCAAACCAGAAAUUAUUGGAAAACCCCACAAUGCAACUGGGCCUACAAAAGGCGAUGUCAAGUUUGAAUGUUCAUUUGUUGGCAAGCCAAAGCCAGAUGUUAAAUGGUAUCAGAAUGGCAUGCUCAUCUACCAUGGUGGAAGAUUUAAGAUUAAUGAUGAUGAAGAUGAUAAGUCUGUCCUUACCAUACGUGAUCUAGAAGAGUCUGAUGCUGGCGAGAUUACAUGUGAACUUGCAAACAAACUGGGCAAAGAUUCUGCCUCAUGUAAAUUACAGGUCCAAGCUCCACCUAAGAUCGGUAAAGAGCUAGGUGCUCAAAAGGUGAAUGAAGGUGACCAGUUCAAACUGAAGGUGCCAUUCUCUGGAAAAGGACCAUUCAGUGUUAAACUUAAGAAAGGAAACAGAGAUGUACCAGAAAAUGACAGAAUUAAAAUCACACCAUUUGAUGAUUAUGUAUUAGUGCAGCUCAAAGAUGCUGAUAGGGAAGAUGGAGGACCCUACAAGUUGGAGAUCAGUAAUGACAGUGGCACUGGCACAGCUCCCUUCCAACUCAGUGUUAAAGCCAAGCCUGGCCCUCCAACUGGACCACUAGAUGUCUCUGACAUCACUAAAUCCACAUGCUCGUUGGCAUGGAAACCACCCAAGGAUGACGGAGGCAGCAAGAUCUUACAUUACAUUGUAGAGAGACAGGAGGUUGGCAAGCCAUACUGGACCACUGUAUCAUCUUUCUGUAAGGAUACAAACUGUGAUGUCCAAGGACUGUAUGAAGACAAGGAAUAUCUCUUCAGAGUGGCUGCUGUCAAUGAGAAUGGAGAGGGAACCUGGCUUGAUGCUCCAAACUCCAUCAUUGCAAAAUUGCCAUUCGAUGCCCCUGGUCAGCCUGGUGAUCCUACUGUAACUGGAGUUGGUGGCAACUUUGUCAGUCUCGAAUGGGAGAAACCAAAAUCUGAUGGUGGCGGCAGAAUCAAGGGAUACUUCAUCGAAAAACGUGACGCGGGAGCAGAAAACUGGAACCGUGUUAAUAUGAAUCCUCAUCCAGCUCCAAUUUUCAAUGUCUCGAAUUUGAUUGAAGAUCGCGAGUAUGAGUUCAGAGUGUUCGCUGUCAAUGAGGCUGGAGUUAGUAAACCUUCUAUGGCUUCAAGGACUGUCAAGGUCAAGGACCCCAACGCCGCAACACUGCCUGAAUUCCGCAAUGGUAUGGAGACAUGUAUGGCCUCUGAGGGCAGGAUUGCUAAGUUUGAGGUGGAAGUUGAUGGACAGCCACCACCUACAAUCACAUGGUUUAAAGGAACCAGGGAAUUAUUUGAGGAUGACCCCAAAUUUGAUAUUAGUCACUCUGGUAACACUUACAUGCUCGUCGUGAAAGACGUGUUCGGGGAAGAUGCAGAUGAGUAUGUGUGUAAGGCAACCAAUCGUGCAGGAAGUCGCAGCAGUAGAGCUGAUCUUAUCAUCAAAUCGCCACCCAAGAUCAAGGUACCUCCAAGGUUCCAGGAUGUAGCCACAUAUGAGAAGGGUGAGGAGGUUGUACUGAAGAUACCAUUCACAGGCAACCCUAAGCCUACAGUGAAGUGGAUCAGAGAUGGGGAGGACCUCAGUGGUGGCAAAUACAAGAUUGAAGUGACAGACAGACAUGCCUUCUUGACUAUUAGGAAGAGUGAGAAGGCUGAUGAAGGUCCAUACAGACUGCAGCUGGAGAAUGAUCUUGGAGAGGACCAUGCUAUCAUUAAGAUACAAAUUAAUGAUCGUCCAGAUCCACCAAGGUUCUUAGUAGCUGAAACAAUCAGAGAUGACUCCGUAUUCCUCACAUGGAAACAUCCUCUCAAUGAUGGCGGCAGUUUCAUUACAGAGUACAUCGUUGAAAAACGUGAACCACCCAAAGAGACAUGGUCCAGGCAAUGUAGCACACGAUUCACACACCUCAAUAUAGAGGGCCUUACACCAAAUACAGAAUAUGAGUUCAGAAUAUUGGCUGAAAAUUUCUAUGGAAGGUCUGACCCAUGUGAAGCCACUGGGGUGAUUAAAACAGAAGAAUCUGGUGUGAAGAAACGAAAGGGAGCAGAAUAUGAUGCUGAUGGUAGGAGAAUCAGAGGGAAAUAUGAUGGCCCCAAAAUUGACAAUUAUGAUAAAUUAUAUUAUGACCUUUGGAAGAAAUAUAAACCACAGCCAGUUACAAUCAAACAAGGCAGUGUUUAUGAUUACUAUGAUAUUUAUGAAGAACUAGGAACGGGAGCAUUUGGUGCAGUACAUCGGUGUGUAGAAAAGAGUACAGGAAAUACAUUUGUAGCCAAGUUCAUCAAUACGCCAUAUCCAUUGGAUAAAAAUACGGUCCGCAAUGAGAUCAACAUAAUGAACCAACUUCAUCAUCCUAAACUGCUCAACCUACACGAUGCUUUCGACGACAAAUAUGAGAUGGUACUCAUAUUGGAAUUUUUAUCUGGUGGUGAACUAUUUGACCGUGUGGCAGCUCCAGACUAUAAGAUGUCUGAGGCAGAGGUGAUCCACUACAUCAGACAAGUCUGUGAUGGCCUGAAACAUAUGCAUGAGAAUAACAUUAUACACUUAGAUAUAAAGCCUGAAAAUGUUAUGUGCGACACCAACAAGAGCACUAAUGUGAAGCUAAUAGACUUUGGAUUGGCUGCUAAACUCAACCCUGAUGAGAUUGUCAAGGUAACCACGGCAACUGCAGAGUUUGCUGCUCCAGAAAUUGUUGAUCGAGAACCUGUGGGUUUCUACACUGACAUGUGGGCUGUUGGUGUGCUAUCAUAUGUACUAUUGAGUGGACUAUCACCAUUUGCUGGUGAAGAUGACCUUGAAACCCUACAGCAUGUGAAACGUUGUGACUGGGAGUUUGACCCUGAUGCAUUUAAAAAUAUCUCCGAAGAGGGUAAAGACUUCAUUAAGAAACUGCUUGUUAGGCAACCAGGGCGUCGUAUCACAGUCCACGAGUGUCUAGAACACCCCUGGCUGCUAGGUGACCAUAGCAACCUGAACACAAGAAUACCAUCAAGUCGAUAUGAUAGGAUUAGACAAAAGAUCAAAGAGAAAUAUGAGGAUUGGCCUAAACCAAUGCCAGCUAUUGGUCGUAUCGCCAACUUCAGCUCUCUGCGUCGCAACAGACCUAAGGAAAACCAGAUUCAUGAUUCAUAUUUCGAUCGUCGUGAGUGUAUCCCACGAUUCAUCCGUAAACCCAAGAAUUGUCUGGUACAAGAGGGUCAAAUAGCAGAGUUCAACUGCAAGAUCAUUGCAGCUUCAGCACCUCUAAUCACAUGGAUGCGAAAUGAUAUUGGCUUGAGCCAGAGUGUGAAAUACAUGCAGAAAUACCGUGGUUCAGAGUACACUCUUCGUGUAAGUCGUGUCCACAUGGAGGAUAAGGGAGAGUACAUUGUUAAGGCAGAGAACUCUUAUGGAAAACGAGAGUGUGCCGCUUUCUUGAAUGUGGAACCUGCACCAGAGAAGACAGUUUCCAGAGCAAGCAGUUUAGAACCCUUAGUCAGAAGGAAGAGAAUCUUACCAGAAAUUGAAGAUUUCAAACCUGCACCAGAUACCACCCCACGGUUCAAUUUCGGUCUCCGUGAGCGCAUAAUCCAAGAAGGUAUCGGCGUGAAGCUUAUAUGUUGCGUCGAAGCUAAGCCAGUACCUACCAUAACAUGGUACUUCAAUAAUAAGGAAAUUAGAAACUCUUCUAGUUACACUAUACAGUAUUCUACUGGGGUGGCCUCACUUGAAAUCAUGGCUUGUGAGCUGAGUGAUGCUGGCAAGUACACUUGUAUAGCUGAGAAUGCCAAGGGCACAGAGGAGAGUAGCUGUAGGGUCGUAGUUGAAGAGAGUCUCAAGAGAAGACCAGAAGGACUAUCCAACCUCCCUAGUAUAACAUCGUCUCACUCCAGGACAAGCAGGCGCACAACAGAAUCCAGUGCUGGGGGAAGACGCACACGCACAGAAACUACAGAGACGACAACAUCAUCCAGUACAACAUCAUCUUAAGUUGAAAACUCAUCGGAAGCCACAUGAAGAGCUGCUGCUAAAAGUUGUGAACUGAAGAUUGUGAUGUAACCAAAUGUGUAAAUAGACCAGAUCUAUAUUUGGACGGAUGAUUGACUUCCAUAAAUGGUUGCAGAUGGAAUUCUAUAUUUGGAUGGAAAAGGUCCAUAUUUGGAUUGAAAUGUGUAUCUGGGUCGGCAGUUUGAAAAUGAUGUGCCAACGCAGUGAUUUGAAUACGCAAUGGAAGACAUUGAGAAAAGCUGGCUUUAAAGUUGUACCUAACGGAAGAAAUAUUUCAGAGAUUGCAUUAUGCAAUUGGUCCCCUUAAUAUAUAACAUGGUGGUUCUUGUUAAAUUUACACUCAGUCAUAGUUGAUUGUAGUGUUUGCUGAUAUAUCGUGUAUUUCUUGUCCAUAUACAUAAUUCUCUUUCGUUCAACUUAUAUUGGAGACCAGAAAAAGAAAACUUGACCACCAUGUUAUUGUAUGUAAAUGUGAUAUUGUUCAAUGUGUCAUAAUCAACAUGUGAUGUAUGUAUUAUUUGAUCACAUGUUACUGUAUGUAUCCAGAAAGGUACAAUCUACAUGUUACUGUAUGUAUUCGGAAAUUUGCAAUAGCUGUUUACAUGUAUGGUCACAUGUCACUUAAUUUAGGAAACCCAUACUGAAUGUAUUCAGAUAUAUGCAAUAACUGUCCUCAUAUGCUACUGUUUGUAUUCGGAGAGCUGCAAUAUCUUUCUUUAUUUGAAUUUUAUGUUCAUUGUACAUUUACACACAAUGGCUAUAACACGAAAAAGACUGAAGAUAAUCUCAAUAUGAACAAGCAACCCCGUUUAUAUAUACCAAAGAAAGCCAUUUAGGUGAAUAUUCUAGCUGUGUGUAGGUAUUACUGAGUUACAUUUGUGCCCCUUAUAUGCCUCUUUAAUACUUUACACAGUAAGAACAUCUGUAGCUUUCAUUUUACACCUCCACCACAAAAAUAGCCAAGGAGCUUUCUUUAUUUCUUCAACAUUAGUCUUCAAACAUUAGCAUAUAGACCUUAAAGGACACUAGUCAGCAUGGAAGUCUUAGAAACAUUUGUUUCAGAAUCUAUAUAUAAUAUAUACCAAUCAUUAUAAGUUGGACUUGAAUCUCAUCUCACUGGAAUAGCAACUAUGUUAUUAACAUUAGUUUAUUAGAUUUAGAUAUGUAGACAUUAAUUUUAUAACAUUUUUCAUUGAAAUAUGGUGACAACAUUGCAACAUUGCAAUAGACAUUUCCUAAAUAUUACUUCUAUGGUUUUUAAUAUUAAUUUAAUCACACAUUUCGAACUACCUUUGAUAAAGGUAUUCUCAGACACAGAUGUCUUAGUUCAAAUCAUAAAGCAUUUUUAUGGAGACAACCUCUGCUUGUUAGAACAGUCAAACUGCCAAUAAGCCAUGUAAAUAAUAUACACAUAUAAGUGGUAUAUUAAAAAGAUUCUGUACAAAUUUUGUCUCAUAUUGUUUAUAUAUUCCUCGUUUUAUCUUUAUUCUAAACAAAUUACUGUAUUUAUUACUAUUUAUAAUUUAUUGUGUCCAUUGUCUUAAGGAAAUGACCUCUUGAGACCUCAAGGUCAUACAGUCAAAGGUCAAUUUGUAAGUCAAGGUCAAAUAAUAAAGACAGGAAUGGGCAAAAGAUGUAUUAUUAUCAAGAGGAAUGUUGACAUAGGUACUUUUUGUUUUUCUAAUGAAUUAAAAUAAAACAUUAACAUAAAAUAUUGUGUCAUUAGUAUCCCUAUUAUGUUUUAAAUGUUUACAAAAGUAUUUCUAUAAAUAUACCAUUUGACAACCUGCAUUAAGUUAUUUUACAAAAUAGAUAUGUGUAUUUAUAAUAAAAAUGCUUCAAAUGUUAAAUUUCAUAUUUCAGUAUAUAGUAUAUCUAUAGUUAUAAAUGCUGUUUAUUGUUAUGUAAAUUUUAUAUUCUAAUAUUUCAAGUUGCCUAAUGCAUGCUAUGCUGCCAGAGGUAUAAACUGACUGUUCUGAGCUUUGAUAUAAAAACUGAAGAUGUUAUAUGAAUCAGUAUCUUUAUUGCUUUAGUCCAAAAUAAACAGUCACUUUACUAUUUAUUGAUGAAAUCCUAUGUGAUCUUUCAUAACUAUGGGAUGUAAAUUCUGAUAGUUUUGCUUCGUCGCCCCUGAUAGUGUUGUUCCUUUUAGAACCAUAGUUAUUUGUACAAAGCACCCUAACAAACUGAUACUAUACAGUACUAAACAAUAAAGUUAUGAUGUUAUAACCCAAAU